GCACACUGAGCUGCAGUGGGAGGUUGAUGUGAGCGCAGAGGCUUUCUGUUUUUACGCGCACUUCUUUUCCCCCCAAUCUUUCACCCUCACACACGGAGCACAUCCACCUCUCACCUUUAGUUUAGCGGCGUGUCUGUGUUUCUUUCCUUUUCCUUUUCCUCCCUUUUAUGAAUGAUUCUCUCUCGCAGCAGCCAAACGAAGAUAUCCUCGGAUACCUCGCCGCCCUCGCCCGCCGCGCCACGACCUCACCGCCUCGGCACAUCUUCUCCUCUCAAGUUCAAGAAGCGCAACCAGGACUUUCACUGCAGCUUCAGACGCACUUGGGGGAAAUAUCACUCCACGAAGAAAGACUUGAUCCUGUGUGCAGCCGCUGCCGCCGAGGCCACCGUCGACAUGAGUCUGAAAACUGACGCAGAGCCGAACAACAAUGUUUCCAUCGAGGAGGAGGUACGAACACUGUUUGUCAGUGGACUUCCAGUUGAUAUCAAACCGCGGGAACUUUACCUCCUCUUCAGACCCUUUAAGGGUUAUGAAGGGUCACUGAUUAAGUUAACAUCAAAACAGCCUGUCGGGUUUGUAACCUUUGACAGUCGGUCCGGUGCUGAAGCUGCCAAAAAUGCACUAAAUGGUAUCCGUUUUGACCCCGAAAGUCCCCAGACCCUGCGCUUAGAGUUUGCUAAAGCCAACACGAAGAUGGCAAAGAGUAAGCUGAUGGCCACACCGAACCCCACAAAUAUCCACCCUGCUCUAGGAGCACACUUCAUUGCACGGGACCCAUAUGAUCUGACAGGGGCAGCACUGAUCCCAGCAUCUCCAGAUGCCUGGACCCCUUACCCCCUGUAUACCACGGAGCUGACCCCAGGCCUCCCUCACGCAGCCUUCACUUACCCUGCGGCCGCUGCCGCUGCUGCAGCCCUCCACGCCCAGGUGAGGGACCAACCGAUGCGCUGGUACCCUACUCCCUCUGAGACUUCCCAGCCUGGAUGGAAGUCCCGGCAGUUUUGUUAGAUAUAUAGCCUCUGGAAACCACACCUUUGUCCAGCUGAAGUGAGGUUUGCCAAGCUCGUCAUUAAUUUAAUCAGGUUUAUUUAAUGGACAAAUAUGCAUUACUAUAAACAAACAGUAUUUAUAUCUCCUCCCGAUUGUCUCUCGGGGGAGUGUGAGAUGAAACCAUCUUUUGCUGUCGACAAUCUGAGCUUAUCCUGGGCAACUAUUGCGGUACCAUGUUCAAUUUGAGAAAAAGAAAAAGAAAAACCUCAUGCAAAGCCUAGUCAAACUCAUGGGUCAUAACUGCUGAGAAUUGUCGAAUUGAAGCUCCAGUUGUUAAGCUAGUCCUUCCAUGGGUGGCCGCUGAUCCUGGGAGGUGUAGAAGCGUUAAGUCGUUGCAUGUUAAGUCUUUUUGGCAUGAAUUUAGAACGCAGAGUUCUGUGUAUCCUAAUUUUCUUAGUGUUUGUGUUGCCUCUUUAACUUUGGCCUAGACAGUGAAAUGUUUUGUUUUCCUGUAGAACCUUGGUCUUACCUCUGUGAAAGCUAGGCUGUUCUGUAAAUGGCUUAUCUUGCAUGGACCUUGUGAAUGCAUCCCUACGUUCUGACAUCCCCAGUCCCUAUGAUCAUAUCAAUGUCUGUCAUUAUUUGAGCAAAGGAAAGUACAAAUAUUUUUGUACUUUUUUGCGUAAUGUAUAUUUAUGCAUUUUUGUGCAACUAAAUAAUGAACCUGUAUAAGUUGGAUGUUUAGUCGUCUCUUGUGUUUUUGGUGUUACUUUUUGAUCCUAUAAUCCUGUUGACGUAGUUUUAAAGAGGAAAAAAGUGCAAUUUGUUUAAAGGGGAAAAGUGGGUUAUCUGUCAACAAAUGGUAUUCUGAGCGUGGCUUGUGCCAUUCUGCUAAAAUGAGAUUGCUGUAAAACGAUCUUUUCAGAAUGUGAAACUGGACUACAAACGUAAAGGGUUGCUAUUUUUGUGGGGCCAUUUUGAAAUGGGACGCAGGAUUAGAGCGAUGGAGGAAUUUAGUUUGUGGUUUAGAACAUGUUUGUCUUUGUAUCUGCUGUGCAUAAGAUGUACAAAAUAUUCCCAUCUUAUGAAUAAAAGAAGUGAAUGCA